AACAAACGUGUUUCUAUUCACAAUACAAGCUGCUGGUCUGAUUAGUUCAAAGCGUGUAACCAACUCAUCCACUUGAAAUACAGAGGCCAGCAGACAGUGAAUCGUUUUAACCAUUCACUGCUAAAUGCUAUUGUAGCUUUAAGCCCACUAAAGCUUGAGGAGCUAAAGAUAUUUGAAUCCAUACAAUUGUAAAGAAUCAAAGAUGAAAAUGAUGUUAUGUCUGAUGCUUCAACUUCUCGUUACUUCAUUCACAGCGACCGUUUUAGCAGAAGAGCCUCGCAUUACUAAAUUCUUACUCAACGGUAUACAAUAUUCAAAAGACAAUCGGCAACCCAUUGUCAUACCAAUGAAGACAGAUUUCACGUUUCGGUGUGAGAUCAACACGGCAAGUGAAAACACGAACAUAACCCUGACAGAUGAAGUCGGGCAUGUCUUAAACAGCACCAAGAACACCGUAGUACUGGAAUACACGUUGACACCUAAUAAAUGUGAGGCACAAGGUGCCUACAGGUGCCUCGUUAGGGUCGGUGAGAAGAUAUUGGACGACUCCAUUGCUUAUGUUGUAACUAAUACAUGCUACCCAAUCAUGUGUAAAAAUCCCCCCACCCCCAAGACAUUCCUAGCACCAAUAGGCAGCCAUGCAAACAUCUCCUUGUGUAUCAUUGCAAAUCAAAGCAUCUUCAACCCACUGCACCUCCAGCUCAACGGUGUAAACAUCAGCAAAAAGGCGAGCACCAUGCAAACAGAGAAGAUCAAAUACAGCUACGAGAUUGAACCAACCAACAACUCGCCCAUUCAUUAUCGUGUUAAUGUUUAUAUAUAUGAUAUCAAGCCUGAUGAUUACACUUUGAAGAGCAUUCAAGCCAAAGCAAGCUACCCCAUUCUUAUACCGUAUUCUUUUGAGUUCAAACAAAUUCGUGUGGCUUGUCCGAAUAAUAUCUGCAAGACAAGCACGUGCUUAUCGUACACCAAUAGCACUGCGCGUGAAGUGAGCGAAGUGUGUGGCGCACAGGACGGUAAACUGGCUGGGCACGUACUGCAAGACUGUAACAGUGAAAAAAGGAACUCUGAUGAAGUGCUCUUGUCUGAGAGCUCUGGAUGUGUCGUGUACAAUCACAAGACUAAGUUCGUCCGACAAUGCACCAGGGACGAUAACUCUACCACUUUACCAUCAGGAUGUCUGAUAUAUGAUAAAAACAAAGCUACAAAUCUAGUACAACAGACAAGUUUCUAUCUAUUGGUCCUGUUCGCUUUCUUCACCAACAGGCCCUCGUAAUUAUGUCAUGUUUGGGGAAAAAAACAAUUUUCAACGACAUAUUUACCGCUAGAUUUUUUUUAACUUAAACUUCUUAACGUGUCUUGGUGACUGUGUAAUGUGUUUUGGUGACUUUGUUACAUUUUUGUUUGACAUUUUUUUUUACAGAGACAGUCUAGCGUGAAAUCGUAAAAUAGCAAUAUUGGUAUAGGGUAAUAUUUCAAAGUCAGAAAGUGAGUACUGGUAAAUAAAAAUAUAAUAGUCAUAGAGAAGGUAGAGUCCAUCCGAGCCCACUACUCGACAUGGCACAUAGUCUCCUAGCAUAACAGUCAGCCGUUUCUUGUCGUUCACUUUCAUAGCAUACACAUGCGACUUGGAUAAGUUUGGCAACUGAAAGACCAAUUAAAAAAAAAUAAAAAUAAACCGUUCAUUAGGUCCGAAGUGUAAACAUAAGAAGCAUUGAGCACGUCAAAACUAGACCGUUUCUGACCGUCUUUUUUCUUUGUUCUUAAUUUUAGUGUUGGAAGGGAUCCCCUCAACUUUCGACUUCGAGACUUCACGGUUUAGUAACCAUGAGCUUUACCGACCCCAUCUGACCUUCCAUUUUCAUAGCUUAUAAACAUGAGACAAGGUCAGGUGUCUGAAAGCAGAGGAAAAAAAAAACAUGUUUUCAAUAAACAACUUUGACGAACUAGGAAUUACGAAAUGUCUCACCUAAGGCGGGUAUUUAAAAGGGGUCGGCGUGGUCGAGUCGGUAAAGCUCAAGGUAGCUAAACCGAAAAGUCUCGAGUUCGAAUCCUCUUUUGGGGAGAUAACUCCAGAAUCAAACAACUGCUGCCUUGUAGUUUGUUCUUGGUCAAUGGCCUCAAUGGCGCAUAACCAUUUGACACGUAUCCUUAAUUGUGUUGGAAGGGGAUCCCUUCCAACGCUAAAAUUAAGAACGAAGAAGAAGAUGAAAAGGAUACAAACAGUACGAAUUGAGUUUGAUUAAAAAAGAUUAAAACAAAUAGAAAACAAACGAUUGAGCGGCUAAACGAAUUGAAAAGUGAAAAUGCAGGUUGAAACACGAAUCCAUUGAUGGAAAUGCUUCUAGGAAUAAAAUGUUAGAAAUUUUGUUUUAAUUAAACAUAAAAUAAAAUGAAUUGUUAUGGUUUAUAUAGCUGAACCCAUAUCAGGCAGUUCGAAUACAUGUGUUACAAAUGUGGCUUAGCUGCGCUGCUAAUUAGCACUUAAUCUCAUGACAUGGCUAUUUUAAAGUAAGGCGGGGAAAAGGGAUAGUGGAAGAUAGGUAGUCAAUGGCGUUCUCUAUCUCAACUUAAAGCACUUGGCAAUAGAUACACAUAUUUAAAAAAUUAUUUACUAAUUUUAAAUAUUAAUUACACACGUUUGAAAGAAAAGGCAUUUAUUGAUAUUUUUAAAAUAUUAACAAUUGUGUAUUUUACAAAGUGUUUUAUUCAAUGUACAUAUAAAAUGUUUUCUACAACUUAAAUACAAUAAACUCUAUUAAAUAUUUUUCUUUACACAUUUAUUAAAAAACAAAACCAACUAAGUGGCAUUUAUUUGUAUAUAGUCUAUAAGUAGUAUUUUUUAAAUUGUUCAUUUGAAAUUUAUAUUUAACUUACCUUUAUUAAAUGUAGUGGUAAAUAUUUAUUGUUUCUGCUAUGCAGACAAAAACAUAUAUAUAUAUAUAUAUAUAUAUAUCUAUUCACAAAAGAUGUAUGUAUUGAAAUAAUUAAUAUGCAACAUUUGGUAUGCUUCAUUUUAUUAAAUAGAAAAUAUUAAUUCUUAGAUCAAUUAAAUCACAAAGAUGUUAACACAAAUAAUUUUUUUAAACUCUUGAAAAACAAGUCAUUACCUAGUUAAGUUAGUAGCCUAUACCAUUGAUAUGUGUGCACACUUAAAAGCGUUGCAUUGUUUACAUUAUGAAGAAAACAUAUAUGUUAAGAUGUUUGUGUCAGAGCAUUAUAGUUGACCAAACAAUGUUAGUUUUUCCAAACAUUUCAAAUUGAUGAGCAUUACAGUUAUAAUAAAAUAAAAACACGUAUCUUUUACUUUUGCUUACGCUUCAGUUAUGUAUUAAUAAAUAAAAUAUUUGGAAGUUGGGCAUUUAAUAUUUUGUUAACGCUGUAAACAAAAGAAAAAAAUGUACAUUUUGUAGAUAAAUAAAUAUACAUUGCCUUACUUACAAGCUAAAUUUAUGUUUACUGAACUGUGCCCACGUUUUAUUAUGUUAUAUUUUGAAUUGGAAUUGUUCUAUUAGAUCUGCUUACAUAAUCUAGACCAUGAUUUUCUUUUACCUAUUUCCUAUUUUAUAGUUAUUAAUUUAUUAAUUGUAUACAAGGGUAAGUACUUCAAUGUAAAUAAUCGUUAGAUGCGAUAAAAGUGUCUAUUGUUGUCAGAACAUGAAAUUAUAGCUUUUUUUUUUAGAAAAUAUAAAGUACAGCUUUAUUACAUUUUUAAUAACAAAAUCAGAAUAACAAUCAUUACGGUAACAAUUAUAAAACAAAUUCAUAUUUGAAAUAUAAUUAUUUAAAAUUCUUUUAAAGACACUGAUAAAUUAAAAUAUGUAAACGGAAAGCUAUAGCAUAGAGUUGAAUAUUAGCCAUUUAUGACACACUAGGGUUUUUAACAUGUUUUUAUUUUGUUUUUUUCGUUUCUUUUUAUGCAGGUAAGCGUGAUUUAAAAAGUGAACAUUUUGCUUCUCAUUACAUUGCUGCGUUAAUUAAGUUAACAUAUAUUUGCUUGUGUUUUUGUACAUUUUAAUGUGUUUCACCUAUUAUGAAAAUAAAAUAAAAUAAAUUGGAUGUGUAUAUACAUAUUUACAAGCAUUUUUCAAUAUCCAUUAUAUGUUUUUCUUAUC